AUGGCUAUUCAUCGCCAUCCUCGUCUGCACGUCCUACACGAUAUAAGCAUGCUUUGCUGUUCGCAUGCGUUGAAGCUGCUGCUCCGGCAAGCCUUCGUGCUGUCCUCUUCGGUGGCUUCCAGUAGGCGCGCGAGUUGUCGCGAUAUCCGGCCCUGCUUCCGCACAACCGUGACGGAUCGCCGCUACAAUGCACUGCAGAUUUGUGUGCGUCGUGGUUGCUGGUGCCGAACAUUUCCAUGCCGAGCAUUUCCUGCAAGGUCUCCAUCGCGCGCGGUCAUGCGGUAUAGGCUCUGCUUGGUCGACAACGAGGGCCCUAGUAACACACGGACGCGACGUACGAGCCCCACUGGAGCCACAUUUCAGCCGCCACAGCAGCACGUCGCCACGACGGAUGUCGUGCCAGCACACCGUCCUGUCGCCUAUGCGGCGGUGCUGGCUGCUGCCGAUCGUGCGACCAUGCAGGCACCACGGCUUCUGCCAUUCACCAUGCACUCGACAGUCCCCUACGCUAACACAUCUGGAACCCCGGAUCUUACUGCUCGUCCGUCCGUUCUAAAUGCAUAUUGCCUGAAGCGCCUCUGGUGUGUAUGGCAGGACCCUCGCCACUGGAUGGCGUUAAAUGCCAGCGUUGCACGGCUCUCUAGCCGUCCGACGACACGCCCGCACGGCUGGGUGCAUCCCUUGCACUUCACCUCGGUGCUGCCACGGCGCAGUGCAACGCGCACCGAAGCAUCGAUGCGCCACGCGCACCGCGGCGUGUUUGCGGGCGCCGGGAUCACCCUCGUCGUGUUUUUUUCGCGCGUCGUAGGGGCGCGCGUUGUGGGGGCUGGAGCGCUGCACGUCCAUGGUCGGGCCGCAGCACGCAAUUAUCAUGAUUCGGAGCUUUGUUCCGAAUGCUAG